AGUGUGUGAGUGCUGUUGAGUGUUGUCAACAAAUGCCAGCAUUUAUUCAAAUCAUUAUUAAUUUUGUAAUCAAUUAAUUGUCAACAGAUUUGCAAUUAUUUUCUGUAUAUUAAACACACGUUUGAAUCGCAUGUGAAUUGCGUUAUAGUCUAUAAUAACCACUCAUUUACAGGCUUUUCAUUGAAUAGUGUUUGAAAUUGCGUUAUAUUUGGCGCUAAAACACAUGUAAUCACCAAAAAAUCAUUCAAUGUUUUCGUCAAUUAUUUUUCAGUUUUGAUUGAGUUGUCGCUCACCGGCGAAGAUCGCGUCGAUCACCGCAACUGAUCCACUGAUUGGCCGGCAAUGGGUUCGCUUCAGGACAGCGAUCUGUUGACGGACACGAAGAUAGCCAUUAAGUCGCUCGUCAUCUCCAGUCCAUUGGGUAUCUCUUUGACAAAAUUAUGCCGCGAUUUCGAGGAUAUCGAAGGCAAAGAGGUUCCGUACAAAGAGUUGGGUUUCGCUACUCUGACUGAUUUAUUGAAGUCCAUGAAAGAUAUGGUUCGCCCGAUCUUUGACGCCAACCAAUCGGUGACUUUGUUCCCAGUGGUGGACGACUCGACGGCACACAUCACCGAUUUGGUGGCCAAUCAAAGCACGAAACGGCUUCGAGCGCGAAGUGCCAAACGCUCGAAGAGUUUGAAUAGAAGUGUCCCGAAGAGGAGACCAGUCUUUACAUCUCAACUCAGGAGAUCUUUGCAGAAACCGACGACAUCGCAGUCGACGCCGCGGACACCGGCCGUCGCGUCUAACCGACCGUUGAGGACACCGCAAAACACACCACUUAAUAGGUCCCAAAUCUCGCCAGCGUUUACACGAGUCACACCGCAAACCAGAUCACCGCAUACUUCAGCGCAGAAUCCACUUAAGCGACCAUUAAAUACAUCGCAACGAAUGGAUCCGCGAAUCGCGAAACGAUUGAACACAACUAAAGACGAUGAGAAGGAGAAGACGGCCACAGAAUCGAUGGUUAACGGAAGCGGCGAUACGAAUGCCGCCGCAGCCAAACCGGCGCCGCCAGAGCCGACACCCACUCCAACCAAACCCUUUCAUAUGAUGCAAGACCAAGAAGUGGAAGCGUUGGUGAGUGCCGUACGUCUGACCACAACAGUGACGUCUGUGGCCGACAACGCGAAGAACGGAAUCGACCCUCAGAUGUGGUCCGACAUCUUCUCUGUGGAAAAGGUAACAGAUUUGAAGCCAAUGUCGAUCGAAACGAAUGGAAUGCUCGCCCAGAAGACAGUCCUCCGACAGCCGCUCAAAAUAGGCGAAUAUUCGCUGAAAAUCAGUACUCGAAGUGAUAAUCGAAUCUUUAUCCCCGACGGCUCUGAACUCAAGUAUCUGCAUCUCCCGCCGGCCAUCAGUCAAUUGAGUUACGAUCUCAACCACGGCUACGAUAUGGUCAGUGAUAUUCAUUGGGGAAAGCCGUCCAACUCUAAGAUCGACGAACUCUUGCAAUGGAUUCUAAGGAAUCGCAAGAAGUUUAUGGUCGCCGGAGAACUGGUGCCAAAAGAACUGCACACAGACUUCGUUUGCUACAGAGGGCUGUUGGCGAAGAUUAUGACCACACCGUACGAGACGUCGCAUCGUUGGGUGAUCUGCGCCACCAAAUACAGGGGAACCAUCUAUUUGUGUCAAUUCCACGAGUCUUAUCCGCCGCCCGACGACUACUACAAUAAAAUGAGUUUCGGUGGCUUUCGGUUCGAGAGCUUUGUGACGAGUUAUGACCCGACUAUUCCUCCGGAUCCCAACGACUUCGAUCCCGACCAUCACGAGUACUGCGCUGUUAUGCGAAGCCGACUGAUGGCCGAAAACGUGUCGCAUUCAUUGGCAUUCGGAGCCGAAUUGGAUUGCGUUGUGCCCAACCUUCGGGAAAAUCCGGGAACUCUGUCUAAUUUUGUUGAACUCAAGACCACUAAAGUGAUGGCCAAAGAGUUCCAAUACAGGAAUUUUCUUAAGCACAAGCUAUUGAAAUGGUGGGCGCAGUCCUAUCUGGUGGGCGUCCCCUCCAUAUACUGCGGCUAUAAAGACGAGAAGAAUGUGGUGAAAGACGUGGAACAGCUGAAGAUCGAGAGCUUUCCCGAACUGUGCCUCGAGUUCUGGUCGGCCAACGUUUGUCUCAAUUUCCUAAACAAAUUUCUAUUGCAUUUGAAAGAGUUGGUCACUAUAGACGACCCCAACGUUGUCUAUCAGUUGGCGUUUCAGCCGCACCACGACAUCACGUGCACCCGACUCGUAGAACCGGGAGAUUUCCAAAUACUUCCGCAAUGGUAUAUCGACGAGUUCGCCGUUUAGCACAUCUGCACCACAUAUUGCUAUCCAUUAUAACUUUCAUCUCUUUCUCAUUGAUUUGAUUUAUGUUUUCAAUUAUUUGUUUC